AUGGAACGCAUCCGGAGCGAACCCGGAGCGACAUCCGGAGCGAACCCUAAGGCCGGGGACGCGGGGGCCGAGGCCCGGUCCGAGGGGGCGGGCGGGGAGGAUGGCGGCGCCGACGAGCCCUCCUUCAGCGACCCCGAGGACUUCGUGGACGACGUGAGCGAGGAAGAACUGCUGGGGGACAUUCUCAAGGACCGGCCCCAGGAGGCCGACGGGAUCGACUCGGUGAUCGUGGUCGACAACGUGCCUCAGGUGGGGCCCGACCGCCUGGAGAAGCUCAAAAACGUCAUCCAUAAGAUCUUUUCCAAGUUUGGGAAAAUCACAAAUGACUUUUACCCGGAGGAGGAUGGAAAGACUAAAGGGUAUACGUUCCUAGAAUACGCAUCCCCUGGCCACGCCUUGGACGCCGUGAAGAAUGCUGAUGGUUACAAGCUGGACAAGCAGCACACGUUCAGGGUCAACCUCUUCACAGACUUUGACAAGUAUAUGACCAUCAGUGACGAGUGGGAUAUCCCAGAAAAACAACCUUUCAAAGACUUGGGAAAUUUACGUUACUGGCUCGAAGAGGCAGAAUGCAGAGAUCAGUACAGUGUCAUUUUUGAGAGUGGAGACCGUACUUCCAUAUUCUGGAACGACGUGAAGGAUCCUGUCUCUAUCGAAGAGAGAGCGAGGUGGACGGAGACGUAUGUGCGCUGGUCUCCCAAGGGCACCUACCUGGCCACGUUCCAUCAGCGAGGCAUUGCUCUCUGGGGCGGAGAGAAAUUCAAACAAAUCCAGAGAUUUAGCCAUCAGGGGGUUCAGCUCAUUGACUUCUCACCUUGUGAAAGGGGCAGGGAAAGCUCUUCACCUGUCCGUGGUGCCGCCCCGACUGCAGGAGAUCUAGCGCCCAUCUGCUACUUUUCCUUAAGCACCAUCCUGUUCCCACGUUUCACUCGGUCUCCUCAGUUCCGGGGCUAGUCCACGCUUGUGUCCUGUCCUCUCA